UCUCUUUUAGUAACCGUUUCUAAACUGCACUUUCACUACAUAAACCAACUUCUCCUCCACUCUCACAUUUUUUUGCUCCGUUUUUCAUCUCCACCGCUUCAUUUUCUUACAUUUCUCUCCACCAAAAUGACCAACAACAACGCCGAUUCCGACCCCGAUUUCUAUUUCCCUUCAUCUUCUUCACUUCCCAUUGCUUAUAAUCAUCACCACCACCGUCAAAAAAUGCGUAAAAAGCGAACCAAAUUGAUCAAAAUCGAGCCUUCUUCGUCCCAUUUGGCUACUGCUAGUGCCAGCAUUAUUUGCAGUAGUAGCAGUACUGGGAAUAUUAUUUCGAAGCCGAAAAAACCCGACCCUUCUGCGCCUAAGAUCACUCGUCCUUGCACCGAGUGCGGUAAGAAGUUCUGGUCAUGGAAAGCGCUCUUCGGCCACAUGAGAUGUCACCCGGAACGACAAUGGCGCGGCAUUAAUCCCCCGCCUAAUCAUCGGAAACCGUCGGAUUCAAGUAGUAGUCAUCGAAUACAAGAAGAAGAACUCGUACUGAUGAGCGUAGAAGAUCACGAAGUGGCGGCUUGUUUGUUGCUAUUAUCCAACACCGAUACUAAUACUAACACUUCUGGUGAUCAGUGUGGUAAUAAUUUGCAUGGUGAGGAAGAAGAUCAUGCAAUGAACUGCCGUUUCGAGUGUUCGAGUUGCAAGAAAGUGUUCGGGUCGCACCAAGCGUUGGGCGGGCACAGGGCGAGUCAUAAGAAUGUGAAGGGCUGUUUUGCUAUAACUAGAAGUAGUGAUGAAAUGGGUGAAGAUGAUCAUCAUGUUAAUAAUAAUGAAGAUGAUGAGAUGCUGAUGGUUUUAGGGCACAAAUGUAGUAUUUGUUUAAGGGUAUUUUCAAGUGGACAGGCUCUUGGAGGGCAUAAAAGGUGCCAUUGGGAGAAAGGGGAAAUUCAAGAGCCUUCAAAUUGUAAGGAGAUUUGUGGGUUAGACCUAAAUUUGCCUCCACCAAUUGGAGAUCAUGAAAUUUCUUCUUCUCAUCUCACUCUAGAUUUGAAAUUAGGGCUUUGAAAAGCUUUGGUAAAAUAGGUAUAUGCUGACUUGUAUUGUAGUGUUGGUAGUAAAUUCUUGUAUACUUGUUAAUCUGUUGUUGUUAUUGCUGCUGCUCCAAAUUGGGAAGCAUGCUCAUUAAUAUAU